AUGAACGAACUAAACUCCGCACACCUGUCAAGUAUUACUUUCAUUAAUAGUAAUGGGGUGAUAAUCACUACUGAAAUUAAAGAGGCCAAUAGAAGCAUGCAAGGAAAUCCCAUAAAUGACAAUGAAGGUAACUAUACUUUCUGUGAUAAAGAAUUAGAUCAUAUUAAAAACCUUGUUCUUACCUUAAAACCAUUUCACAAAGAAUAUGAAGAUAACAUUUUAUUUCGCAUAAAAAAAAAGGAAGAUAAAUAUAGGUGUGAAUGGGUUUUAUUACUUAAAACGGUUAGGCAAGAUUUAAUAAAAGAAAAAAGUGAUACCUCCAUUGGCAUAAAUCUGAAAAAUGAUUUUGGACAGGUGCGUCAACAACCGGGUUAUGUGACUGAACUGCCCGAUAAUGUGACUGAACAGCCUGGUCAUGUGAUUGAACAACCCAGUCAUGUACGUGAACCCGAAUGGGUUCAUGGGAAGGAAGACGAAAUAGAAGAAAAAACUUUCGUCUGUACUGAUAUAAAAGACAUUAUGCUGAAAUACGUUUACCUCAUCACCUACUUCGAUAAUUAUAUUAUAAAAUUAAGGAACGAAAUUGGCAUCAUGUAUAAUUCGGAUAAUGAUAAUUUUUUAAGUCGUCUCAUUAAAAUAAAUGACUUUACGAAAAGGAACAGGAAAAAAUGUGAUGCGUUUGUACUUACGAAUGCUCAUACCCAGGGAGAUGUUAAUUUUAUUCAUCAUGGUAAUGCAAACAUAAGUGACGCGAAAGUAGGCUUCCUUAACGGUGACUUUGGCAGUACUGAUAAUGGCAUCGGUGGUGGGAACAUCCUUCCCGACGAAAACUUAAAUGGCGACAUUUGGAACAAGGGUGACAAGCUUGGAAGUUAUGUUGACUUGGAUGAAGUAUCCAGCAGAAAUGUGAGCCGAAGGAGCUGUCAUAAGGCGGAGCUCCAAGUAAGGCAAAAAAUAUGUGGAAAAAAGAGUGCGUCGAAGUACAACUUGCGCAGAGUGGUAAGUAGUAGUUCCAAGGCGAACUCAAAUGUCAGCACGUGCAUAAGCGCACGCGCGAAUGUGUUUUCCAGCGUGAAUUCCAGCAUAAGCUCCAGCGUAACUGCUAGCUUAAAUGAUGACAGGAAGGCGCACUGGAUGGCCGAUUCGAACGACCAUUCGAGCACCGAUUCGAGCGCCGAUUCGAACAUCUGCGGUAGUGCUCAUGCCAGCGUUGCGGCAAACGUGGAUGUAAAUCCCAAUUAUAGUUACAACAAGGAGUACGCCUUGUGCGCAUCGCCUAGAAUGGAAAAUACGUCCAAAGCACGGGACGAUGAAAUGACUAAAAAAAAUUGUGAUGAGGAAGGUGAGAAGAACUUGGGCAUUAUUAAGGAACUAUUUCACAACCAAUUCGGAUUAGAAAAAAGUAGCAAAUCGGAGGAAAAAAAUAAAAAUGCGAAUUCACAUAAUUUGUCUGUGAAUAAGGAAAAUGAUAAUUAUUCUUUGAAGAAAGUAACGGAUGAAAUUCGCGAGCUGGAGGAAACCAGCUCGGUUGUACAUGGUGAGGAAAGUCGCCCGGCGGACAUAAUUCGCCUCGAUAGGGGUGAUAACCGCCAAGGGGAUGAUAACCGCCAAAGGGAUGAUAAUCCCCCAGAAGAACAAAUCGACAACAGUAAAAGUAGAUUUAGCAAUAGCAACGAUUGCGACGGUGGCAAGGACGAAAGCAGUGCACCCGUUAUGAGGCGGAAGGCAAACGGUGACAUUGCCGCUACCAAUGUACAGAGCGACGCAGAAGAAAAUUCAAACAUUUUAAAAAAAAACAACAGAGGAAGUAAUAUAUCUGCGAACGUGGAUGAUUUCAGGAGAGAGUUAGUUAACUUUUUGAAGGAAAAUGGAAUGAACCAAAAAAUGAAUAGGGAGAAAACAGAUAAAAAUAGGAACUCAAAAGGAAGGUAUCACCACAUGCGAUAUAAUAACAACAGUUCCGUUUUCCAUGAAAAUGUCCACAUGUUAAAUGAAAUAUCAACGAAUGCACUGCUAAACAUUUUUAACAAGCUGAAUUGCAGUGCUAUGAAGUACCAUUCUCAUCCCCAGGAGAAUGAGCAUCCAGGCAUCCCAUCAUCGAGCAGUUUUCAGAGGUUCGUAGAGGACUCUGCCGAGAUGCACAAAAAAUGGGCACAUAGUAGCGGCAAUAGGAAUGAGAACGGUAUAAACGCAAAGAGCAUCGGUAGUGACAGAGCCGCGCAUCAUGGGGAAAGCAGAACUCCGGACGGGGUGGAGGCAAAUGCCGAUUUGGAGGAUGAAGCCAACAUAGAAUUAAUCAAAUUAAUUCUGAAGGAAUAUAUGAAAAAUAUCUGCAGUAGAGAAAGAGAUGAAAACACCGUUGAACGGAACAAAAACAUGUUAAGCAAACAUUUGCCAUUAAAUGUACACAAAAAGGACAGUUUUGGCCAAAGAUAUAAGGAGAAUGAAUCAAGGGAAUAUUUGUAUAUGGGCGAUAAUUUUGGGAGUGAUAGAACAAGGAGGGAUAAACGCUUCCAUUUUCACCAUUAUCAUCAUCACCGUGAUAAAUCGUUCGAACAGGGGGAUGACAGAUUACCGAACGUAGCAGUGAGCGAGGAGGACAGAAUCCAGGAGAACUGUAUGAAUGCGAGCCAUCAUGUCAGUAACAGGAUCAGUAGAAGAAUCACUAACAAUGUAACUAACGGUAAAGCUAGCAAUAGUAGCAGUAGAAACGCUACCGUGAGCCUUAACGGAAACAGAGAUAUUAACUUAUCGGAGUACAACUUCCGAAGUAGGACAAGGAGGCAGUAUAAUAAUGACCGUGCUGAUUGUGUCCAUUACAAUAUGAUGAAGGAAGUAAGGGACGCCGCACCUAAUAAGGAUGAAAACAGGUUAGCAGAUAAUUCCACAUAUGAUAGCAUCGCAAAGGAUGUAAUAAAAUUUAUGUUGCAGUUUAACAAUAAUUGUAGAACUGUGAAGAAAGGUAUGAACGACAAUUCGAAUAGUACAACUAGGAGUAAUGACAGUCAUGAUGGAAAUUACGGCACUGAUGCUUGCCGAACUAACGAAUACAACGACAUUUUAAGCAAAGCCAUUUUAAACAACACCAUAGCAGAUUUUUUAAGAAAUGUACCUAGCAGUGAAAUGAGCCAAUUAGCAUCAAAUAAGGGGGAUAUUUUGUCCAAAAUUUCUAAUGCACGCCAAAGUGGGAAAAAUAAUAGGGUACAGAUAAAGAGUGGUAGUGAACCUACUUGUAGCAACAUGGCACAUCAUAUAAGCUUAAACAAAUUAUGUGAAUUUGCCGGUGAGCAACAUCUUCACAAUUGCCCUGCAAGGAAUGAUACUGAACAUAGGAACCCACAUUGUAAUAGCAUCGAUAAUAUAAUAAAUUUGAUAAGGGGAGCAAUGAAAUGUAACUAUGAUGACCUUGGAAAUGUCCACUGUGCCUUACCACACAGCGGAAACAUCAAUAGAAACAAAAUAAAGGUAGAACAGGAUAUUACGAGGAGGGAUAUUUCACCCCCUUCCGCAGUUGCAAUGGCUGGAGAUACAAACCAAACGGAUAAUAUUGAUUACCAUAUUAAGAAAGAAACACUACCGAAGGAUGAGUCAAAAAGUAGCUACGUGGAGGGCGAUGAAGCGAAAAACGACCAUCCAAGUUGGAGUGGAGAUAAUGAAAACAACACUAUCGAUGUCAGCGAAAAUAUUAUCAACAAUAGCGUGAUGAAUAACGCGAGCAGUAUCCAGAGGAGCAGUAGCGAUAGUAGUAAAAAUAGUGUCCUGGAUGGGGUUCACCCCGAAGAAUGCGAAAAAAUGAGCACAAAAAAUUGCCCCGACGCAUGUUAUAGGAAUAACGACACGAAUGACAACAGUAGUAAUAGUCAUCCAGAUAAUUUUAAUCAUGCGAACAAUUCUCAUAGCAACAUGAACCAAACCGCUAAUCUGUCGAACGAAAAUAUGGACCUACUGUACGAUUAUUACCUGCAGUCUUGUAAGAACUGCAUGGCACACACAAAGAAGGGAUUACAAAAUGAAAACAGUAAUGCCACAGUGGAGAUACCUGAGCUGGAAGGACAAGUAAACCUCGCAAACUGUUCCCAUCAUGCGGGACACGCGAAGUCGAGUAAUAAUGGCCUCGAGCACAAUCAGAACAAUAAUCUGCUAAGCGGCCAGGACAGUAUCAAGUGCGACAGUAGCAUCCACAAGGUGGAGGAAGAGAAAUGUGAGAAGGAUGACCCGAAGGAAAAUGCCAACAACAACAACGGCAACUACCACAACAAGAAGAAAAGCCCACUUAACAACGUUAGUCUGAAUACUAGUGAUAAUUAUAAUAAUGCAAAAAGUGUCAUGGAUCAAGUGAAUAGCUUCUUUCAUAAUUGCCUUAGCACCCUUAAGAGAAUGAAUGAUAUGAUCUUGUAUGACAACCUGUCCAGUAUCGAAAAUGAGAACGAUGGCCAUAAGGCCAAUAGCGGUGAGGACAAUAGCGGGAGCUGCAAUAAUCGUAGUAGCGAUCACGCCAACAAUAGUAACCAUGUCAGGAACAGUAGUGGCUAUAUCAACGACAGCAGCGGCUAUAUCAACGAUAGUAGCAGCCAUGUCAACGACAGUAGCAGUCAUGUCAACGAUAGUAGCAGUCAUGUCAACGAUAGUAGCAGUCAUGUCAACGAUAGUAGCAGCCAUGUCAAUGAAAGUGCGUAUAACGAAAUCUUAUGUCACAUAAAGAGCAACCUCACAAUUAGAGGCGACGAGGAAAGCGUGGACGAACUAUUAAACGAAAGCUUGAGACCAAAUGAAGAGCAGCACCAACGGUAUCACGAAGGGAGCGGCCUAAUUAAUCCUAGCGCACAGCAGGAUGUCCAGUCCAGCAAUUUGUUAAAGGCAAUAAGGGGGGAAGAUGUGUUUGACAGAAAGAGAGACGAGGCAACUUCUGGAUCAGGUGAGGGGAAGGAUCUGAACAGUGUGAGCUGUACGGAAGACACCGACAAAAUGGAAAACUUCCAAAAUUUCGACAGUGACUUUAGUGCACUGAUGAAAAAGUAUGAAAAUAACGAAAUACCCAACAAUUGUCAGCAGAGAAUUAUGAAAAUUAUAGACGAUUUUAGCAACAGGAAGAACUCAAAUUUUCAUUCCUUUCAAGAGGGAGGUAAUGGGGAUAAUUUCAGAGGGGAAUGUACGGAUGAGCAUAUUUUGAGGGCCAUUUUGAUUAACAUGAUAAAGGAGUUGUCCAAUGCGAAAGGUGACAACUCCUUGGCUCGGGGGAUAUCUAUGCCAAAGGGUACCAGAGGGCGAAGCGGCUGCAGGGGCAACGGGUACAGUAGACACCCUCUGGAUAAUAGGGGCCACGUCAGACAUAGGAAUCAUGGGAGUUACGGAGAGCGCCACCGGGGAAGUAGCCACGGUAGUUGCGAAGAACACAACCGCAACAGUGAUCAUAACCGACACAAUCGCCAUAACAGAUAUAACAGACGCAGCACUCAUAGGAGCUGUAGCAGCCAGGCUAGCAAUGAUAGCAAUGGAAGCAAUAACGAGUGCAGCAGUAUCUUUUCCUCCAGUUGUGACGGAAGGAGGAAAAAUAUAUCGAGCUCUCCCAAAAGAAGAAACACAACUAAAAACAAUACAACUCCUAACGCAACAUAUAGUAAUUUCCAGAACAGCAUGAACAGCAAUAUCAACUUCCAAACCAAAGCAGACACCUUCAACAAUAUAUACAAUAAUCUAGUUAUAAAAAAUAACAUAAGUAACUCCAAUAAUUAUUACAGUAACUAUUGCCAGAAUAAUAUUAUCAAUAUUAAUAAUUGUGGAGGGAGCAAUUAUUUUUAUAAUAACAGGAAGGCUAGCAAAAGCGAGAGCAGCCUUUUGAAGGAUGGACGCGUAAUGACAGACGCGAUAAACAUACAGGGUAAUGUGAAGUGUAUGCCAAAUAACAAUAUUGACUUUAACGCCCCCGGCAAUUUAAUUAGGAAACUACAGAGGAAGAAUAUUAGUGCGUACCACAUGUCUCAGUUUAAGAGCUCCCACAGAGACUUGCUUUCCUUGUACGAACAUAACAGUUGUGAUGAUAAUCAUCUUCAUGGCGAGUGCGCAAUUGGUCGCAGAGCAAGCGACGCGAGUGCAAACGACGACAGCUUCAGCCGGGUCAGUGACAAUGAUGUAAAUACAGAUCGACGUGUAAGCGAUUCGUUCAUUGGCGACAUGCCGCAUGAGGACGAGCUGAGCAUGAAUCAGGGCAACGCGGAUGAUACUAACAUGGACGAAACGAAUAUUGACAACCCAAACCUGUCAGAUGCAAACGUCUACGGGGAAAAUAUCUUCGAUGAAAAUAUUGGAUCCACGAACAUCGGUGACGUCAACCAUGAUAUGGACAAUAUGUACAGUGGGAACUUGUGCGAAGGCGACCUUUACCCUGGCGAACUGUACGGCGAUAACCUUUCCAAUGCAGAAAUUUACAGUGGUAACAUGUGCACUGAUAAUCUCUGCAGUCACAACAUAUACAGGAAUAACAACUUGAAUCACAGCGAUAAUUGUGAUGACAGCAACAACGAUGACUCCAACUACGACGACAAUAAUAACAAUACGACAAAUGACGUGCAGGAGGAGGAAACGGUGCUCGUACAAGGGGAUAAUAUCUUGAUAAAGAAGGAGAGAGAAGAGGAACAGGAGGAGGCUCAGAAAAGCAAACUUCUGUCCAAUCUUAACGGAGAGCAUGCAAGAUUUAAUCAAUUAAGAAUGGUAGAAAUGUACAACUGGAGAAGUAAUUUGAAUGAAAGAAAUAUAUAUGACGAUGAUGAUUUUUCCCACGUGGAAGAAAUAGACAUUUGCAAAAAUGAAAGCGUCAAGGAUGGACAGUACAACGAGGUUACGGAUAUGAUACAUCCAAGUUUUGAUUACAGCAUUGGCAAUGUUGAUUAUUCUGGUGGUAGUAGUAGCGGGGGAAAUAAUAAAUUGGAUGAGUGUGGCACCGAAUUUGAGUACCAACUUGACGACAAUUUCCACGCGCCAAGGUUGGGAGAGGACGAGGCAUGCCCCAGUAAUAGCCUACCAAGGAUGAUGAAAAAAAUGGAAUGUUUCGACCAAUUUCAAAUAAUGAAUAAAGAAAAAUAUGCCUUCAUUUUUAACUCAAAUGAUGAAGAUUAUUAUGACACCGUUUUGAAUGUACCAAAUUAUGCACAAAGUCUUAGCGUUCUGAAUGAUGGUACUUAUGAGAAUCUUAACGUGCCAAAUGAAUUAAACGGAGAACUGAACGAGGAAUAUUAUAUCGAUUUAAGGGACACACUCUGGGAAAAGGAAGGAAGUCAUAUUUUUAACGGUACAGUUGGAAAGGAUAUUAAGCAGGCGGAAGAGACGAAUGGCUCACUGUCGAUAGAUAUAGAAAAUUUAACGCAGGGUGAUCUUAAAGAAUUGCUGUUCCAGAAGAUGUUGUACAGGAGGUGCAUGGAGGGGGAGGACGGAACCGAUGAGGAAGAGGAGAAUGAUGAUGAUAAUGAUGAAUCGAAUGGCGGGACGGACGAAAUCGACGAUGGCGACGAUCAAGCGGAUGAGGAUGACGAAGGAGAAGAGAACCCCUCGCAACAUGAACGGAUGCAGGAGGAAGAGGGCAGAUCGAAGAGUAACAACAUCGACGCAACGGAGGAAAAGGAUAAAAAUUCCAUGGAUCAAAAUUUUUACUACGAUGAUAUGAAUACAAAUACAAAUACAAACUUAAAUACAAGUGCAAGUGGAAAUACAAAUCCAGAAGUGAGCGCAAGAAGCAACGUAUACAAUUGUUCGUCAUCGUACAUUUCCCUGAAUAUAAAUUUUUUCUGCCUCUUUGACGACAUGUACGAUAAUUUUUUUAAAGAGGAUUUUAAAGAUCGAGAAAAAAUGCUGAAAAUACUCAAUCUGAAUGAGAACCUCUGCUACAACCAAUUGCUCAUGUUUUAUAAAAAGAAAAUAUUCUUCGAGUGCAAAAAUGAGAACGGUUCUACUCUCUCCUUGGAUUGUAUACCUAGGUAUAACGAUUCCAUCCGUAACGUAGAACAGUCCAAAGGAAGCAUCAGUAGUUGUUGCAGCAACAGCGAAAAUAAUCUCCUAUCUGGAAGAAGGAGCCCAGUGGUACUCUGCUCAAAUGAUCAGAAGAAUAAUACCAUAAUAUUGGACGAGAGGAGUUCUUUUGAUGCCUCCCACAGUGAGGAUAGCCUUGUCCCAUCCGUGCCAUAUAUUGGGAUCACCCAUAAGGGGGAUGUAGGUACCCACAUUAAGAAUGGCGCGGAGAACAGAGAAGUGAUUCAGAACAUUGCUGAUCCUUAUGAUCUGAGCAAAGAAGAAGAUGCAGACUAUCCCUCCCUUCGAAUUAAAGAGGAAAUGUUCUGCUUCAAAAAGGUAAUAAAGCAGUUGAGAGAUUUACAGAACAUCAUUAAUAGCAAGUUUCAUCAUAAGGGUAAUAGUUACAUGGGUGAAGUAAAGGUUGAGGAUGAUAGCCUCGGUUUAGGCACAACAACUCCUUUUAGAGAAAAGGAAGAAUUAGACAAUGAUGAGAAAAAGCGAACAAGGGGGAGCGUCCCCUUUGACGCUACCACCACAAACGAAAGUGAUUACAAUUGUGUGGUCAAAAACGAGAUGAAAUUUGCACAUGGAGUUGUGGAGAAAAGUGAAAGGGGGAAAGAAUACUACACCACAGCAGGUAUUCCGAGUGAGAAGAAUUUGUUUCCGAAAAAAAUAAACGAUCCAAGGGAUGAACGGAACAUCAAAAAUGAUAUAACCUUUAAGGAUGACGGGGAAUGUAAGGGCACUUUGAAAAAUAAAAUAAUCAAACCGAAAGAGGAGCAGGUGAAGAAUGAUACCAAGGAUGAAUUUAAGGAAAGCAGAAGAAAUGUUGACACGUAUGAUGGAUAUGUUAGUGAGAAUUCUCUUGACAGCGACAACGCGCAUGAGCUGAUAAAGUGUGUACUAGAGUCUGAAGUGGAGAACAGCAGCAGUGGUGACAUAAGUAGUGACCAUCACUGCAGUGACGAUUACGCUGAUGGUAGCUUCCAAAUGAACACCCAAACACUUGGGAGCAGCGCACCGAUCGAGUUUGAAAUAAAUGUUGACUCAUCCAUGGAGGAAAAUGACAUCAUGUUUAAAUAUAUAUAUCACAAGAUUAACUGCAUACGGAACAAUAUGUGGUCGCAGAGUAUUGAUGAGUUGCAAAAUAAAGAAAUACAAGAAACAGUCCGAAAAUGUCGCAAGAGAAGGGGAAAAAUAUACGGCUCCGACGACACGUACAAUGUUUACAAAAUGAUGAAGAACGAGAAGGAGCACUGCGGAGGGAAGAUGAUUCAAUCGAUUCCCUUACAAUCCCAAAUGCAGCAGGCAGAAAUGAACAGCAGCAGUGCCAAUGAUAUAUACUACUUCAACAUUUACACAAAUCUAUGGGAAAACGUAGACCUGAAUGUGAGUAACAAGUUGUUGGAAUCGCUGCAAAUGAAGAAGAAAAGAAUUAAUAAAUAUUAUAAAAAUAAUUCCUACGAAAACACCAAAUUUAUAACCUUCACAGAAUGGAACCUAUACAAUUUAAUCAUUUCGAAAAUAUACAGAAGCUUCGAUGUGAAGAAAUUCGAACAGUAUCAACUGAAGGUUUAUAAUAUGGGAAAAUUCCAGUAUGAGCUUAAAAAAAGAAGUACCUACAAUUUUGGUAUAAAAAUAAUUGGAGAUUCUAAUGGCAAAUGUGAUGAUGUAGGUGACGUCUGUACAGGUAAAGGUGCCAAAGGCAAAAGGCACAAGAUCUAUGAAGAACAUAACAAUAACAGUAGCCGAACUUCGAGAUUUUCUGAUGAUUACUCAGACCUCAAUGAUGAUGAUGAUGAUUAUUACAUGGAAGAAGAAAGCGAUGAUGAUGUCGAAGAAGAGGAAGAAGACGAUACUGAUGAGGAUGAUAACGAGGAGGGGCAAAAGAUGCAAGACUACCAAGAUGUGGAGACGGAAAACCACAACUCGAAUGACUUUGUAUUUAUCAAUGGGGGAGCAGGAAGCUCCAGAAACGGGAAGGAUGCCAAAUCUGGUGGUAAUUUAACCCAACAGGACGGCGAAAAAAACAUCCCAAUGGUAGCCAGAAAUUUACGAAGUAAUAAUGGAAACAAUCACAACAGCGGGAGUAGAACCUUCUGCAAAAACAAGAGCAAGGGUGGAAAUAGAUUAUGCACUAACAAAAAGGAUUAUCAAAUGUAUAAUAAUAGUGCCGAUCGCAGAAGUGCAAAAGAUUUGAGGGAAGACAAAAUUACCAAAGUUAACAAAGAAGGUGUGGUGUGGAAUAAGAAAAUGAAAAAUACCUUCUCCACUAAUGAAGAAAAACAACCCCUGGAGGAAGGAGAACAUGGUAACAGGACAAACACAGGCAUGUCUUUGAGAAGGAAAAAGAGAAACAGCGUGUUAAGCGGCAACUCAACAGACAACAGUUUGAUUAAGGGCAAUAAGAGGAAAAACAAAAAGUCGAAAGUUAGUGCAAAGGUGGAUAAGUACGCUGGAAAGAACACCGACCCGAGAGCAACUCAUGUUAGAGGUGGUCGAGUCAGUAAUGGCACUGCCAGUAAAGGAAGUAACAAUGGACACACCAAAAACAGGAAAGUACAGGUAUUCAAAAAGAGAGUAAGUCGCAGAAGGAACUUCAACCCCCUGGUGGAUAAGAAACCCAAUGUAUACUACCUGAUACAGCUCCCAGAUUAUGCAAGCCACAAGGAAUUGAUAAAAUGCAAGAACGACUGCCUACCCACAUAUAUACUCCAGUAUGAACAAUUAAAGAAAAAUGAAUGCAUCUUCUUUAACAUACAAAACCAUUACAACAGUUUUAUUAACAACGUGUACCAUUUUGCUAUUAGCUAUGAGCAAUCUUUGAAGCACAACGAGUACUUGAAUAAUACACUGAAUAAUGUGAAGUCCAGAUUACACAUUAAGAGGUUGUGCCUUAAGAAGAACGUUACCCUCAAAGAUAAUUUAUUCGAUGUGUGCAACACCUAUUUUAACGACAUGUACAUGUACGACUCGGUGAAUAACACGUAUGUUCUCUGUAAGACCAAAAAUCUGAGAAUGAAGAAAGUAGAGAAGACAAUAAACAAUCAAGACUACUACAGCAUGUAUGUCAACGACUACAUUGAGAAUGAGUUGCUGAACAAGCGCAAGAGGAGCAAAAAGAAGUAUGCGGAAAAUGUACUGUGCGAUGAGGAUACCGUGGCGGUGGAGAAGUUACCCCUUUUGUGUCAGCAAGAAGGCUACACAGGGGAAGGUGGUUACGAAGCGGGGAACGCGUAUGUUAGGAAAAACAACAAUACACAGAGGGAUGAUUCCGAAGAGGAGAGCGCGUACGAAGAGGUCAUUCCAUAUGUCAUGGCCAACCAGUACGAGUUGGUUAACCCAUAUGGAAGUUCAUUCCAUAACCGGAAUGAAAUGGACAAUCAAAGGGAAAUCGCGCUAAGUGACCACAUGAAGGAAGGAAGAACUGGCCACGAGGACAACGUGUACAUGGCGCGCAGUACAUACCAUAUGCAGAAUGUGCUGAUGAAUGAUGAGAAGAACAGUGGCAAUGGAAAAAACGGCAAUGAAGGGAAUGUGAAUUGCAUGGGUGGAGACCAUAUUAGCAGGGGAAACUUCAUAAACUGCAUAAAUCGCGUUCCACAGAUGGAUGGUGGGUGUACUAACCAUAUGCAGGGAGCGGCAGAAGUGGCCCGGAGCGAGCUCGAACUGUGCAACCAGCUGAAGUACCUGAACUACUUUGUUGACAGGAUGGAAGACGAUGAUGAGUGCAACAGUGGCACUUGCAAAAAUAUCAUGUCAUUCAGCGAAAGAGCAGUAGAAGAUAAGUUAGGGGACGUGGACCACGAGCCGGAGCAGGGGAACCUGCACAAGCAGGACGUGCACUUAGGAGGAAUAAACAACUUUAAGUCAAAAAGAAACAGGGCUUUUGCACCCGAAGAAUUAAGCAUAUAUAGCAAUCAUUUUGACGGAGAAAAUGAUAAAACACAUUUUAAUAAAACGAACGGACAUUUCUUUAAAUAUUGCGAGCAGAAUGAUCAUAGCAAUAGUAACAACAGGAAUAGUAGCAAUAAUAGUGGCAACAAUAAUGGCAACAAUAAUGGCAACAAUAAUGGCAACAAUAAUGGCAACAAUAAUGACAGUGAUAGUGACGGUGGGGAGAUUUUUUUCCAGGAACAGGAAAAUGGAAAAAAUAAAAAUUACUGCGAGAAUAACAGGGAGUUAUAUAUUAAUAGCAGCGUAAACCACGAUGACAUAAUUCAGUAUAUUGAUAUACAGUAG